AUGGGCUCGACACAGUUUGGCAAAUUCCACGACUUCUGCCGGGAUUCGACUCUACCGGUCUGCAAUCUUUUUGUCGACAACAAUCAGCCCCCUAAUAAAGCGUUCAGCGGGUGUGCGCUCCUCGGCAUCGGCCUCAGCGGUGAUCGAAACCUCAGCAAUUUGGGCUCGAUUUUGCUGGCCUUCAUCGCUAUCUUGACUUCGCUUUUCCUGCUGUGGCGGUCAGACCGGAAACAAGCGGCCGUUGGGAGAAGGGAAAUACAACUAUUCUUGCUGGGUUUUAUUGUCAUUGAGAUUUGCGAAAUCUUUAGCGUGGGCGGUUUUCCCCUCGAUAGCGCGGUUCGCAAGGGUUUCUCGGCUGCGCAUAUCGCUGCGAUUACCGCAACAUGUUGGAUUCUCUUGUUAAACGCUUUCGUGGGAUUCCAGUUCCUCGAUGACGGCACCCCAGCUUCCCUCGGUCUCUUCAUCUCGUCCGCCAUAGUGUUUUUCAUCGGUACGGGGUAUAUCGCCUUGGAUACAGGUUUUAACUGGACCGGGGAAUUCGCGCCGAACGAGUCUACCGGCUACCGCAAUAUCGCGCUCUACGUUCUGUAUCAGCUGUUUCCCCUCGUCUGUUUGGUGCUGUUCUUUGUUCUGGAGACCGUCCUUGUGAUCCGUGUUCUCGGUGAAUUCCGACCAAUGUUUUAUCUGAUCGGUGCCGGCCUCCUAUUCGCCAUCGGGCAAAUUUUCAACUACGUGAUCAGCACCCACCUCUGCCAGGCGACAAGUGGAAAGAUCAACGGCGCUCUGUUUGAGACCCUCUUCACCCUCUUGUCGGUGGUCAUGGUUUGGGUCUUCUGGAGCAGCAUCACGGAGGAUGACUGGCCCGUGCCUGCGCUCCCCGGAACAUACAACAACUAA